AGGGGGGGCUGUGGCCAUGGAGACCUGCAGCCGCAGUCUGGUCCCUCCCCCCUGCCGGGCACAGACGCCAGUCCAAAGCAAGAUUGUGGACCUGACCGAGGCCGGGAAAGGGCUGAAGGUGCAGGCCGAAAAGCCCCACCUGGUCAGCCUGGGCAGCGGGCGCCUCAGCACCGCCAUCACCCUGCUGCCUCUGGAGGAGGGCAGGACUGUGCUGGGCUCAGCUGCUGGGGGCAUCGUCCUUCAGGGGGCCGGGGUGGCCCCUCAGCACUGCUUCAUCGAGAACCUGCAUGGGACACUCACGCUGCACCCCUGCGGCAACAACCCUUGUGCCAUCGACGGCCUGGCAGUGACCCGCCCCACACGCCUCUCCCAAGGGUGUAUGAUCUGCCUGGGCCAGUCGACCUUCCUCCGGUUCAACCAUCCUGCGGAGGCGGAGUGGAUGAAGAGCCUGAUUCCCAGGGCGGGACGAAGCCCUGCAGCCCAGCGAGGAGGACUCCUGCCCGAGGCCCAGAGCCUGCGGAACGGCAACCAGGAGGCAGCCAAGACUUCCCGGCCCAGCCCCAGCGCACUGGUCAGUUCCAUUGAACGAGACUUGCAGGACAUCAUGGACUCCCUAGUGCUGGACGAGGAGAGCAUCUCCCCCAAGCCGCUGUCCCCGGACUCCUCCAUCACGAACGGCAGGGGGGGGCGUUCCCUGCUCUCCCCGCCCCAGAGCCCCAGUGCCAUGUCUGUGGGUUCCAGCUAUGAAAACGCCUCGCCACCAUUUUCGCCGCUCUCCUCUCCUGCCAGCAACAGCAGCAGCACGAGUCACUCCCCGCUGGGCCAGGAUCUCAGCCCUGCAGCCCCCCCUGUGGUGCCUGUCCGCUCCUCCAGUUACAGCCACGUGAUGCUCACGUCCCACGGCGGGCCCGGCCUGGAGUUUCCCAGCAGCAGCCCUCUGAGUCCUGCGCGAGGGACGGGGAGUCCCAGGGCUGCACGCAGAGCCACUCCAGAGGCUCCCCCGAGUCCCACACCCUGCCGGAGGGCUCGGCCUCCAGUGGACAGCGUCUGCCCUGGCCAGCGCAUCUCCCCUCCGCCUGCACUGCCCAUCCCCAGGAGUGGCGACGGUGUGCCAGGCAGCCCUCGGACGCACCCGCCCAGCAGCACACGCUUGGCACCCAAGUCCCAGCCAUUGUUUGUGCCGCAGUCCAGAGCCGGGACGCUGCAGGAGAGGCCCCCCAGCCCCUCCCGGGAGAUCCGAGAUGUUCCCGUCAGCCCCUCCCGCCAAGGCCCCGGGAGAGGCUGCCACACCCCAGAAGCAGCAGGAGCUGGGCAGAGCCCCCAGUCGGGCCGGGGGCUGCAUCCCCCCGACAGUCCCCGAGUGAACAGGCGAGACCUGCCGCCCCUCAGCCCUGCCCUCUCCCGCAGAGCAGCCUCGCCAGUCGCCCACCCGAGCCCCUUGCCACAGGCCCGAGGGCCCGAGAAGCCCUGUGCCCGGAGGAGGGACCGUGCAGACAGCCCCCUCUCCACCGCCUCGUCGUCCUCCUGCCUGCGGGGCCGCAGCCCUUCACCCACAUGGCUGCUGGCUGCCGGGGAGCGCAAGCCCAGCUACAGGGGGGGGCUGAGCCCUGCCUACAGCCUGGGCUCUCUGACGCUGCCCACCUCCUCCCCGCACCAGAGCCCCCGGGCCGGCCGCAAGAUGUCUGGGGAGCUGCCGGGGCCCCUGCGGGAGCGCAAGCGAAGCAUUUCGGAGCUCAGCAGCAACCAGGGAGACCUGCUGCAGUACCACUGCUGGCAGCGGCAGGAGCGUCUGCGCGAGCAGGAGAUGCAACGCCUGGAGCGUCAGCGGCUGGAGACCAUCCUGAGCCUGUGCGCAGAGUACAGCCGCAGUGAUGGAUGCCCCAGCCCAGAGCAGCAAGCCUUUCCCGGGGCUGCUGAGGGGGGCAGGAGGUUGGAGGCAGAGCAGCGCUUGGAGGAGGACCCCCUGAAGGAGGAGAGCAGCAGCACGGAGAGCGCUGGCCAGGAGCACGAGGAGCCGCUGCAUGUCCCUGCCGUGCGAGAGGCCACCCUGCUGGAGGAAGCCCGGGCCCGGCUGCUCACCAACAUCGACCGGCUCAAGAGUCGCGCCCAGGAGCUGGAGCAGCAGCUUCAAGAGACGGCUCGGGAGGUGGAGAUGGAGCGGGCCCUCGUGCAGGGGGAGCGCGAGGCGGAGCGGGUCCAGCUGCAGCAGGAGCAGAAGAUGAUGCAGCAACUGCAGGAACGGCUCUCGGAUCUGGACAGCUCCAUCCUUCGGGACCGAGACAAGGAGAGGGCAAAGGUUGAUGCGGAAAGGAAGGAGCUCGAGAGACUGCAAGCCCUGUGCUCUGAGCUCCAGGGCCAGCUCCACAGCUGCCCCGAGUCAAUGCGGGAGCAGUUGGAGGACCAGCUGCGCAGGGAGGCCGAGGCGCUGGAGAGCGAGGCCAAGGUGUUUGAGGACCUGGAGUUCCAGCAGCUGGAGAAGGAGAGCCGUCUGGAGGAGGAGCGCGAGGCGCUGGGCCAGCAGUUGCUCCACAGCACAGCAGAGAGCCACCGGGCCAUGGCCCGCAGGAAGGAACGCAUGGCGGCCCUGGAGAGCCAAGCCAACCAGAUCCGGCUGCAGGCCGCGCAGGAGGCAGAGCGGCUGGGCAAGGAGAAGGCUGCCACGCUGCAGUUGCUGCAGAAGGAGAAGGACGCCCUUCUGGCGCUGGAGAGACGGUACCGGGCAGUCACUGGUGGCCCCGGCUUCCCCAGGGCCUCUGCAGCUGCCCUUCGAGAGGUCUGUCGCUCCAAGACGGAGGCCCACUCAAGUGGCGUGGUUUGGCCAAGGAGCAGCAGCUUCUCCUCUCAGAGCGCCGUGUUGCCACCGUCACCUCCGGAGAGCUCGGGCCCCCUGCCUGGGAACUUGGCCAGCACCCUUCAGGAUAUCGAAGCCAAGCGCCAGCUGGCCCUGCAGCGGAAGGGGCAGCAGGUGAUUGCCGAGCAGCGGAGGCGCCUGGCAGAGCUGAAGCAGAAGGCGGCCGCGGAGGCCCAGUCUCAGUGGGAGGCCCUGCACGGGCAGCCCCCCUACUCCCCCCUCAUGCCCCAUUCCAUCCUCCAUCAUCACGCCCCCGGGGGCCUGGCCAUGCACGGGAAUGACCCGGAGAACGCCUACGACACGCUCAGCCUAGAGAGCUCCGACAGCCUGGACACCAACCUCUCCACCAGCGGGGCCUCAGCCUGCUCCCCAGACAACAUCUCCAGUGCCAGCGGAGCUGAUGUGGGGAAGAUGGAGGAGAUGGAGACCAUGCUGAAGGAGGCCAACGCAGAAAAGUCCCGCCUGAUGGAAUCACGAGAGGAGGAGAUGGAGCUGCGGCACCAGGCACUGGAGGAAGAGCGGCGGCGGCGGGUACAGCUGGAGCAGCAGCUGCAGGAUGAGGCCGCACGGCGGCAGAGACUCAUUGAGAAGGAGGUCAAAAUGCGGGAGAAGCAGUUUGCACAGGCACGGCCCCUGACCCGCUACUUGCCCAUCCGCAAAGAAGACUUUGACCUGCGUGCCCACGUGGAGUCCUCGGGCCACAGCGUGGACACCUGCAGCCACGUCAUCCUCUCCGAGAAGAUGUGCAGAGGCUACCUGGUCAAGAUGGGGGGCAAGAUCAAGUCCUGGAAGAAGCGCUGGUUCGUGUUCGAUCGCCUGCGGCGCACCCUCGCCUACUACGUUGACAAGCACGAGACAAAGCUCAAAGGCCUGAUCUACUUCCAGGCGAUUGAGGAGGUUUACUACGACCACCUCCGCAGCGCAGCAAAGAAGGGGUUCUUCUCCCUGAAGCGGGUCAGUCAUCUAGCAGACUUCCUCCCUCUUCCCUUCAGUAGAGAGAGCCCCAACCCAGCCCUCACCUUCUGCGUCAAGACCCACGACCGCCUUUACUACAUGGUGGCACCUUCCGCGGAGGCCAUGCGCAUCUGGAUGGAUGUCAUCGUGACCGGAGCAGAGGGCUACACCCAGUUCCUGAGCUGAGGUGCUCCAGC